GGACGCGGAGGAGGAAGAUGCGACGUCCAGGGAGAACGGACCGAAGACUCCACAAACCUUACUGAUGUGGUUUGAUAUUUUAAGCUGCGGUUUGAUGUUUUAAGUCUUUGCUGUCUGCUUGGGCGUGUUCCGUCCGUCCUACGGGACCAUGGAGGUGCUGGAGAUUCAACCCUCGUUUUUCUGAGGUUUAGUCUUGUUAGUUUGGUUGCAUCGUCUGUCGGCCCCACCAUGGCGCUGCUUUUUAGUCGCAUCCGAGAGAUUGUAGAUUCGGGCUGGUCCGAUGGAAUAUUUGUGACUGAAGGUGUUGCUGUGUGAACGACGCACGAACAAUGGCUGAUGCCGAGGUCACGUACGCAGACUUCAUCGCCUCUGGCCGGACUGGUCGCAGGAACGCCAUGCACGACAUCCUGCAGAGUCCCACUGACCCCGAGGGACGGGAGCUGUCCCUCACCCUGUCUCUGUCCCAGCUGCACAUCAACACCGGAGGGGGAGAUGGAGAGGACACCGAAGACAUCCAGGGGUCCUACUCCUUGGCCCAGCGGGAUGCAGAACAGCGGAACAGCUGAACUUCCUCUCACUCGUGUYAUCAUUCAGAGAGCUGCAGGCUGGAUCACAGACACCGACAUGAAGAAUCUGCCUGCCCCACACAGGCUGGGGGGAGGAGGGUAGGACCAUCGCUGCUGAUGACUCCCUGAUAUCUGCCUGACUCCUGUGCUGCUGCGAGGUGGUCACUCAGUGAGGGUCUGAGCGUGAACUAGAAUUAGAGUCAGGGUUCAUGACAGCGAGUCUGUUGUUGUUUUCAAGCUGAUUUUCAUUUCAGCCUUUGUUAAAAUGCACGGGUUGAACGAGUGAAAGGAAAGAGAAAACAGCAGUUCCACUCAUCUGGAAGAGCCGAGAGGCACUGAUAAAAUGACUCUUGGUGGGACUGGUGGGAUUGUAGAGGUAGUGAUGCUGAUUCAGGCUGUAUUAGCAGUUAAUAGCUUAAUGCUUCCCUUGAACUGACAAGACUGAAGAGAUCCGGACUCAGCUGUAAUGGAUCAAAAACACUGAGUUCCAUAUCUCUGUUUUUAUGUUUUUUUUUUCUAUUAAUGCUUAUAUCAUCACAACCUUACAGGAGUAGCUGGUCAUGUUUGGGAAUACAUUCCUGCAGAGAGUUACAUGAGAAAAGCUCUGUUUAUUAUGUUGCUGGAGUUUCAGUUUUAUUUAAAAGACGUGGAAUAAAAUUAAGCUUUUCACUCAAGAAAAAGGUUGAUGUUAUAGUUCACUGCUUCAAAUAUUUAAGCUGAGUUUAAUGAACUUAUUUGAAUUCAUUCAUCGAAUUUUCACAAAAUGAAGUCUUCUAAAAAGUAGCUAACUUUUCUUAGAUGAUAAAUCAUAAAUUUAUCGUAUUUGCAUUAUGUUCUGUUCUCACUGUGCUCUCUUAUACUCUCCAACAAGUCGUUUUUCUAAGUGCCUUAAAGUGCCUGUGACAUGUGUUUCCCAAAUACAAAAAGUGGAAAAAAUGAUGUAAUAUUUAGAAAAUUUGACAUGAUACACACUAUGUUUUGUCACAUAAAUGGCAAUUUUUUUGGUGAACUUGGUGCAGGCAAAGUAAAACAGGAACUGCCGUCAAAGGAGAACUCCUGGUUUUUGUUUAUUGAAACAAUGUUUUUUGAACUCUGACUUUUUUUUCGCGAAUCAAAAUAAUUUGAAGAAACAUUAGCUUCUUUGCUGCUCUCUGUGUUGUUAUACACUGUUGCAAUGCUCUGCUUACAUGUAGACUUUCCCCUUUGUCAUCACUUCCUGUUAAGGCACAUGUAAAUUUCUUCAAUUCAGUUUAUUUAUAUAGCACCAAGU